UUUGUUGUAGGACGAGAUGGAGUCUGUGGAACAGUAUGUGAACAUUCCCCUUUUGAUGGAAUCAUUCUCGUACAGUGCAUCGAACACUUGCUGAAGCACAUGAAAGAAAACGCAAAGAAAUUGGUCAGAGCAGAUUCAGUGAGCGAGCUUCCUGCCCCAAGGAGACUAAGGUGGAAAUGUUCUCCAGAAAUUCAGGGACACUUGGCUUCAUCUGCAGAAAAACUUGAAAGACUGGUGAAAAAUCUAGAUUUUAUUGCUUAUAAAUUUGAAAACUAUGGGAAAGAAUUUAUCAAAAAACAGAAGAUGAGCCCAGAUGCAUACAUCCAGGUGGCCCUCCAGCUUGCCUUUUACCAGUUGAACAUGAGGCUGGUUCCCACCUACGAAAGUGCUUCUCUUCGUCGGUAUGAAGGUGGGAGAGUAGACAACAUCCGCUCUGCCACUCCCGAAGUGUUAACAUUUGUCAAAGGAAUGGUAGAUAGGAAAUCAGCUCUACAGAAUUCUGAAAAAAUGCAGCUAUUUAAGAAUGCAAUAGCAGCUCAGACCAAUUACACUAUUUUGGCUAUUACAGGGAUGGCCAUAGACAAUCAUUUGCUGGGACUGCGAGAGAUGGCCCGGGAAAACUUUGAAGAGCUGCCAGACCUCUUCACAGAUGAAACAUAUUUGGCAAGCAAUCAAUUCAUUCUCUCUACCAGCCAGGUUCCAACCACAAUGGAAAUGUUCUGCUGCUACGGGCCAGUGAUUCCUCAAGGCUAUGGGGCUUGCUACAAUCCACAGUCACAGUAUAUCUUAUUCUGCAUUUCAAGCUUCAAAAACUGUCCGGAGACCUCUUCCAGCAAAUUUGUCAAAGCCAUAAGUGAAAGUCUAAUGGACUUGAAGGAGCUCUGUAGCAAAUGCAGCUUGACCUCGACAAGCAUCCAGGCUAAACUGAAAGGAUGUCAUCCUGCUACCAAACCCUAAUUCUAUGUGUGUCUUUUCCUGCCUCCUCUUUGCAAACCGUUC